CUCAGCCAGCGUCGAAGUCUCGUGAGGCGAGCAGUUCGCGGUACUUCACGUGUUUACUUUAUUGUAGAACACACUUAACCGUUUAAGCAACAAAGAGACUCAUCAGUAUUAUCAGCUGAUGAAAAUCCUUAUUAAUUGUUUAUUUCUGUACAAGAUUUAGAUUUGCUCCUCCUUCAGUGAAGCUCCUCCCACAACAGUAUUGCCUUCAGUGAAGCUCCUCCCACAGCAAUCACACCUUCAGUGAAGCUCCUCCCACUGCAGUUCAUCAAUAAAUGCUGGAAUAUUCCCAUCAGUCUACAAGUGAAGAGGAGCAUCAAAUCAUCAGGAAGAAGUGAAAUCUGCAGAGACAGAGUUUAUUGAAGAACAGAGAGAACAUGAGAGAUCCAGAACCCUGCAGAAUGAACCACACUGAAGAACAAACAGAGUUGACAGAAGAAAAUAAGGAGGAUAAAGAAAUGCCUGAAGAGGAGGAAAAACAUCAUGUCAAAACUGGAGAAAAACCUUUGGAUCGCUCUCAAACCAAACAGAAAGAUUUAAAGAAAAUAAGAGAUGAGAAAUCAUUCACCUGCCCUCAGUGUGGAGAGAGUUUGACAAACAAACAGAGUCUUGAGAUUCACAUGAGAGUUCAUGCAGGAGAGAAAUUGUUCACAUGUAAACAAUGUGGAAAACCAUUUAUGUGGGCUUCAGCCCUGAAGAGUCACCUGAUAGUUCAUUUAAAGGAGAAACCACAUUCAUGUCCUAUAUGUGGAAAUAGUUUUUCACUACUGAAUAAUUUAAAAGCUCAUCAGAAAAUACACACUGGUGUGAGAGAUCAUAUGUGCUUUGAGUGUGAGAAGACUUUUAUUACAGCUUCACAUUUGAAACGGCACCAGAGGAUCCACACUGGAGAGAAACCUUACAAGUGUUCACACUGCGACAAGAGAUUUAGUCAUUCAGAAUCCCGAAAAGGACAUGAGAGGAUUCACACCGGAGAGAGACCUUACAUGUGUAAUCAGUGUGGUAUGAGUUUCAAACAAAAAGCUCAACUUAAGGUGCACAUGGGAGUUCACACUGGAGAGAAACCGUUCACAUGUGAUCAGUGCGGGAAGAGUUUUGCACAAUCAGCAAAGCUGAAAAGACACAUGAAUGUCCACACUGGAGAGAAACUGCAUAAAUGUGAUCAAUGCGGAAAAACAUUUUUGUGGGAUUCAGGCCUGAGGAGUCACCUGAAUGCCCAUUUAAAGGAGAAACCACAUUCAUGUUCUUUGUGUGGAAAGAGAUUUUCGCAUCUGCAGAAUUUAAAACUACAUCAGAAGAGACACAUGGCUGUGAAAGAAUAUAUGUGCUUUGAGUGUGAGAAGACUUUUGUUUCAUCUACAGAACUGAAACAGCACGAGAGGAUCCACACUGGAGAGAAACCUUACAAGUGUUCACACUGUGACCAGAGAUUCAAUCACUCAGAAACCCUGAAAAGACAUGAGAAGAUCCACACUGGAGAGAAACCUUACACAUGUGAUCAUUGUGGGAAGAGUUUUAGACAUAAAGAUCAGCUUAAGGUGCACAUAAGGGUUCAUACGGGAGAGAAACCAUAUCACUGCACUGCAUGUGAGAAGAAUUUCGCUCAAUCAAGUUCUUUACACAAGCAUACAAAAAACAUUCACAGUAAAUAGAUUAUCUUCAGAUCUACCAUUCUCAGGUCUGACACCACAUCAUCACCUUCGUUACACAAUAAUGUGUUGAUCUAUACAUUUGCUUCUGUACAAAUCAGUCCUAAUCAGCAUAACAAUUGACAGAGAAAAUAAACAUCAUCUCUUAAUUUCUAAACUGCAAA